AUGGCGAGAGACAGCGCUGCAGUGUGCAGCACGCUUGGAGAGCCAGAGGAUGCGCGCGUGCACGAGCCAGUGAACACGGAUAUACUAGAAUACAUUGUAAACAUAGAGGUGAAUGUGUCACAAGCGAUUUUGUUUGAGCAAAUCAAAUCAUCAUUGGAGUCCAUCAGUAGUUUCCAAAUAGACACCACCACAGAAAUCGAAAGCGUGAACAUUACAACAGUGUGUCACCCAAAUGGUUCUGAAUAUCAGUGCAUUUGUGAGGAUCAGUAUUUUUGGUCAUUUAAUAACUGCAUUGUGCAUAAUGCCUGCAAUGACCUAUAUGAAGGAGUAUGUACCUGUAUCGAUAUCAUUCCCAGUGAUGGACAGAUGUGUGUGACAAAAAGUGAACUACCAUUCUUUGACAUUCUGGUUGAAAUUGAGCUGAAUACUACAAGCACAAUGCUCGAUGAAGUGAGAAACCUUAUUGGAGCAUUCAGUUUCCCAAUUACAUUUGGUCAUGUAGCAGAAAUUACAGAUGUGGCCAUUACAGCAGUUAACACAACAACUAUUGCAAACAAAACCAAUACAAAUACAACCACCACAUCCACAGCAACCACCAGAACUACUGCAACACCAUCCAUACAAACCACAACUUUAGGUGCCCAAGUAUUAAGCUUCUCACUGACAAUAAAUGAAGUAUUUGAUUUUGCACUCACUGACCAGAGCAGUGAAAAAUACAACACAUAUAAACAAAAAAUUGAGAGUUCAAUUGAUAAGAGCUACAGGACUCUACUUAGCUACGAGCCCAAUUCUGCAACAGUGACUGCCUUCAGGCCUGGCAGUGUGAUUACAGACUUUACUAUCAAAACAACAAAUGCUACCCUUAAUUUGGCAUCAGCAAACCAAGACCUUGCUAGUAGUCUCCGUUUACAGGGAUUCGAUGUGAGCGAUACUGCAUUCAUCCAAAGUGUGAAAGAUGGACUAUAUGGAAGUAGUGGCAAUAUAUAUCCUGGGACAAAUCUCACACUGACCUGCAAUCCUCCAGUAAAUAAUAGCAUACAAUGGACCAUGGAUGGGAAACUCAUCGAAGACAAUUCAAAUAAUAUCCUUCAACUCAAUAAUGCCACUUCUGAUUACAGUGGUCAAUAUGCAUGCACAACAACAGUAAACUCAAUUCCUUAUGUUAUCUGGCAAAUCAUUACAAUUCAACCAUACCCCAAUAUCGAAGUGAGCACUAACAAAGUUGUACAAUGUGAGGAUACAACAAUCCCACUGCAGUGUUGUGUACAGGAGAUUUAUCAAGUGGAGUGGACCAUAUCUUGCACCUCACCUUUAACAGGCUCACCGGCAGGCUGCAUAUUAUGUGACUAUACACUUAAACAAAAUGAUUGCCAGACUGCUGAACAAGAAAAACACAUCACAUGCAAACUCAAAAAUCCCAUCAAUGGAAUUACUACUCAAAGUUACAACUCAAAGAGCAUUAUAGUAAAUGUAACCAACAAAGAUGGCUCAGAUGUGCUGUAUUUAUUUGUUGUUGUUUUUUUUACUUUCAAUUUCAAGAAUUUCCUACAAACAACCGAUGUCAUUGGAUCAGAUGAUACACGAGACACAUGGGUGCUUUUAAACAAAAACAGUACAACAAUGAAUGCCAGUUCUGAACUUCUGAACUCAACUGAGAGAAUUGCACGCAGACUCCGGGAUGAAAGCAUCUCAAUAAUAACAAACAUAUCUUCUCUCAAAAAAACUUCCAUCACUGCCCCCUUUUCUGGAACAUUUGGAAAAAAUUUAACUACCCAAAUAAAUAUUCCAGCGACUAGUACACAGACGUCCCUCACAGUCAUAAUUUCUUCAGCUUUUAACAAUGUCUUACCUGUUCGAAGUCUUACCAACAAUAACAGCAGUCAGACUGAUACCAGCAUCAAUGGAGAUGUAGUCCUGAUUGAGACAAACUCAACAAUUAACAACAUUUCCCUCUCUUUUGACAUUAAAAAUAAUACACUGGGAAACCCUCAGUGUGUCUUUUGGAACUUUAAUCUUCUGAAUGACAUUGGGGGAUGGGACUCAACUGGAUGCCAACUAAAGAAAUUAGGAAAUGAAACUGAAAGAAUUACGUGUGAGUGCAAUCACACAACCUCUUUUUCAAUCCUGAUGUCACCAUUUACCCUGGAUAAAAACUUAGCAAUAAUCUUAGACUAUAUAACUUACAUUGGUGUGGCCAUUUCAUUGGGCAGCUUGGUUUUGUGUCUCAUCAUUGAAAUGAUUAUAUGGAAAUCAGUGACAAGAAAUGACACAUCCUACAUGCGCCAUGUCUCCAUAGUCAACAUUGCUGUCUCCCUUCUGAUUGCGAACAUAUGCUUCAUCAUUGGAGCAGCAGUUGUAAAGAAAGGAGUGGGUCCCUGCAGUACUGCGACAUUCUUCAUGCACUUCUUUUAUCUUGCCCUUUUCUUCUGGAUGUUGCUGUCAGCACUCUUGCUCCUCUACCGCACCCUCAUGGUCUUUUCCAGAAUGACCAGAGGAGCAAUGAUGGCCAUAGCCUUCACUGUUGGCUAUGGAGCCCCGUUAAUCAUAGCUGUCAUUACUGUGGCCUCUACAGCUGGAAGCCAAGGAUACAUUCAAAAAGAUUACAAUUGUUGGCUAAACUGGAGUAAAACAAAGGCCCUCCUGGCAUUUGUGAUUCCUGCUCUGACUAUUGUAGCUAUAAACCUCCUGGUGCUUAUUGUGGUUCUGUGUAAGAUGUUGAGGAGAGGAGUUAAUGCCACCACUCAGCCAGAUGAGAAACAUCCCCUAAUGGUCAUUGCUAGAUGUGUGGCAAUAUUAACACCUCUCUUUGGUCUAACGUGGGGAUUCGGCAUUGGGACCAUGGUGUCACCAAACUUUGGGAUUCACGUGGUGUUUGCAUUCCUUAAUUCACUGCAGGGCUUCUUUAUUUUGAUGUUUGGAACAUUACUGGAUAGUAAGGUUCGAGAAGCAUUGGCACAAACGUUUUCACUGAGUAACUUAAGUUCUAUCCGUACCAGGAGUACGACUGCAGGACCUUCAUCCUCAAGUGGAUUUCCUUUUUUUCAGAGGUUACGGCAGAGAAAUGUGUACAAUGUAUUGAGUCCCAAAAUGUCUUCAAGCAACUCAGAUACAGCUACUGACAGCUACGCUGCUAGGCCCAUGUUAUAAAAGUCUGUUUAACUGCAAACAUCAUACAUUAUACAGUACAUUUGCAUGCAAAAUAAGAAAAGCUUUUCAUUGUUUAUGUGGUUGUUGUUAAUAUAUAAGAAAAUGAAAAUGAAUAAAUAAAAAAGAAAAUUAACAAGUAGAACUCAACAGGGAUGCCUCUGCUGCAAACAAGUGUAGUCCUUCUUGUUACUAGUUUGCAUGCCUGAAAUACCCUUAAAUAUACUUCAUACAGUUUAAUCUGCUAUGACAUUGUUUUAAAAUUCUAUAAGUUCAUUGGCUGGUUACAAUUGUAUUUACAUAUAUAUUACAGAAACAUUCAACCAAUCAUUCUAGAGAUAUCACCCUAACAAGGA